ACUAACCACCCAACCUCGCUGCUUUGUGCACUCAAAGCACACAUACAGUAUCAGGAAGAAAGAAGGAAACCUGUUGGACCCGAUCUCUGAGACACACAUAGUGAAUGACAAGACGUCACACAGGAGUUAAAACAUUUCUGAGACCUGGGUGAGUUGAUGUUUAUGACUGCACUGUACCCUCAGCGUUCAAAGGUCUCUGCGAGUGUAAACGACCUGAAUCGCAAUGGAAUUUGCUUGUGGGUUUGUUUAUGUGCCACCGGUGAGUCAUAAGGACGGCCAAAGAUCCAACGGCAAUGUCAUGAAACGCUCAGCUCUCCUCCCUCCUAAUAACAGAAUCCGCCCACGCACACCUCCGCCUCCCCCUCCAACAAACUCUGAAGAGGUCAAAUCAGCAAAAUUCCACACAUCUCCCCCUAAGGUCAUCGAACAGUUGGAAACGAGCAAGGCGAAAAAGGUUGCAAAGCCCUCUCUCCUCUAUGAAAAUGAAGAAUUUCACAAUAAACUGGGCGCAGCUUUGUCCAUCAAUGCAACAGGUCAACAGACGACAUCUCCUCGAAGGACAGCUCUUCUUCCACCGCACAUGAAACCUGCAGCAAACAGCCAGUCUCCUCCUUACAGCCAGCCAUUCAACAACAGUCAGACGUUUACCUAUGACCUGCCAAACAAUGAGCCCGAUUUAAAUGCUCAUCCUUGGGACCCAAACUACUCAUACAGUACACCAGAAGGUUCUGGCGGCGAGGUGAAGCUGCUAGCUGAUACCAGAAAUGUGCCGGGACAGACACCAGCCCCAGCCCUCCCACCGAGACCUUCAUUCAUGAAGUCAAUGCCAGAUUACCUGGUGCUGAUACCCUCAUGCUGCUCAGCUGCUUCAUCCUCUGAGAAAUCACCCUCAACCUUAUCACCCUCCCAAACGCCAGCUGCUAAAGCAGAUAAGGAGCCCCUUCCUGGGAAUCCCAACGUGGUCCUUGUCAGUUUGGGGAAAUUACUCUCUGAGGAAAGAGUGCAGUCCAUAUUAGGUGAACCCACCUUCUGCACCCAGUGUGGCUCUGUGACAGACUCCUGCUAUCACAAUGUGGAUAAUGUGUGUCACUUCUGUCAAUCCUGGGAGUCGACCAGUCCUCCCAGCAUGCCACCCAGUAUUCUCUUUUCUUUCAACCUGGAUGGAAAGCCGCUGUGUGCUGCUGACGAUCUGCUGCUCUUCUGCAUUGACAUCUCAGGCUCCAUGAGCAUCACCUCCCAGGUAUUACUGGGAGAGCAUUUGAUUCACAGAUCCCGUCUCGAGUUUGUCCAGGAGGCUGUGAUACAGUGUGUUCAGAGACUAAGUGAACAGCAACCAGACCUUAGAGUGGGGCUCAUCACCUUCAACCAUCAGGUUACGAUGUAUGGGCGUGAGGAUUUCACAUCACAUUCCCUGAGUGGCGCUGAGUUAACUGACAGCAACUAUUUGAAAGAGGCUGCAGCGUGUUUCCCCAGUCCACCUCCACUGUCACAGACCAAGGACUUCUUACAGAGACAGAUAAUGGGAUUAUCUGAAAGUGGAACCACAGCUCUGGGUCCAGCUGCUCUCCUGGCGAUUGCAAUGGCCUCCAGACAGCCAGGGUCCAAAGUGAUUAUCUGUACAGAUGGGAAGGCCAACACAGAGUUAGGAAAUCUGGAGGUGGAGGAUAAUGAUGCUCGCACCCUCCUCUCAUCCACCAUCUUCUACCAGGAGCUGGGGGAGUACGCUGCUGACCAGGGGGUGACGGUGUCUGUGCUGUCCAUAGAGGGAACAGACUGCAGGCUGGAUGAGCUGGGAAGACUCGCCGAUCGCACUGGAGGCAAGGUGGUAAUAUCAAGUCCAAACAGGCUGCACCCGGAGUUUGAACAGAUCAUUGAGAACAGGACCAUAGCUACACACUGCACUGUGACACUACUGCUGCCCAAAUCACUACGUAUGAGAGGAGAGAGGCAGGCUGGAAACAAAGGGAUCAAAGAGGUGGGCAACGUGGCCCCAGAUACAGAGAUCACCUUCCAGUUUGGAGCCAAUGAACUAGACACAGAAGUGUCAGCAGCAGCCCCUGGCAGCCGCGUGUCCAUCCAGCUGCAGAUCAGGUACAGACAGAGGAACGGACAGACGAUGCUCAGAGUGAUAACUUCAAACCGAGAUGUUACCGAUGACAGCUCGGCGGCCCUGUCCUCUCUAUCUCUGGCCAUCAUUCAGCUCAACUCAUCGCAGGCCAGCGCCGCUCUGGCGGUCAGAGGCCGCUUUCUCGACGCCAGGAGGGAAGGAGAGCUGCAGAGGAAGCUGAUAGAGAGAGCAAUUGAGCACAAUCACAGUGCCCAGGAUGAACAGACAUACCAACAGUGGGUUAAAACCAUGGAGCCGAUAUAUAACAACAUUCAUAACUUCACACGGAGACAAUCAGUCAUUUCAGACUCACAGUCUCUAACAGAUGCUGGUGCAGUGCUGCUCUACACCAUGAAGCACAGCAACAGGAAGUCCAUCUCAUUGAAGAAUAAAUAUAAAGUCUAGCCAACUGUCGGCCUCCACUUUUUUUUACCUUGUUGGAUGACAAGGAUAAAUACAGUUGUUUGAAUAAAUAUCCUUCAAAUAUUGUA